GUGAUCCGUUUCCGGGGUUUCCGGUGAGCUCAGCUGAGGCCGGUCCGGGUUUUGGGUCUCUCCCCUCGGAGGUGACCCGGUGUGGAGGCUCGGAAGUCUCCGUGUUGGUGUCUGUGAGUUUGUUCCGCGGGAUGAGCGGCAGGCUGUGUCGGAGGCUCCUGCGGCUCGGCUGCCCUGCGAGCUCCGCGGGCGGCUGGAGCCGGCUCUCCGGGGGCGGUCUCAACGGGACCGGGCCACCGGGGACCGGGCGCUCCGGGCUGUCGGGCGGAGGCCGCAUGAACGUGUUCAGCAGGGAGAUGAAGCAGAGGCAGAAGGACUGGGCCGCCCAGCUGCAGGACAGCCAGCAGUACGACUACCUGAGGCAGGAGGUCGGGAGUCGAGUGGCCGAUCGGGUUUACGACAUCGCACGAUGUGUCCCGCAGGAGGUGGUGGAGCGUUUCUGCCUGACAGACGUUUCCCAGCAGUCUCUGAGACGGAGGAGGCCGAGCGAGAUCCCGACUCACUGCGUCCUGGCUGACGAGGAGUUUCUGCCGUUCAAAGAAAACACCUUCGACCUGGUAGUGAGCAGCUUGGCUCUGCACUGGAUCAACGACCUGCCCGGAGCUCUCAGACAGAUUCACCAGGUGCUGAAGCCGGACGGGGUGUUCAUCGGAGCGAUGGUGGGCGGCGAGACGCUCUACGAGCUGCGCUGUUCCCUGCAGCUGGCCGAGACGGAGCGGGAGGGCGGGUUCUCGCCCCACAUCUCCCCCUACACCGCCGUCACCGACCUGGGAAACCUGCUGGGCCAAGCUGGCUUCAACAUGCUCACUGUGGACAUCGAUGACAUUCAGGUUCAUUAUCCAGGAAUCAUGGAAGUCAUGACGGAUUUACAAGGUAUGGGUGAGAGCAACUGUGCGUGGAACAGGAAGUCGCUGCUGCACAGAGACACCAUCUUAGCAGCAGCAGCGAUUUACAAAGAGAUGUACGGCAGUGAGGACGGCUCCAUCCCCGCCACCUUUGAGAUCCUCUACAUGAUUGGCUGGAAGCCUCACGAGUCUCAGGCCAAACCGGCGAAGCGAGGCUCGGCCACCGCGUCGUUUGGAGAUUUAUCAAAGACCGGCCAACCGAGCUGCACGGACCAACCGUAGAGCCUCGGAGCCGACUGUAGACGCCAUAUUUAAUGAAAAUAAAAUGUUUUAGAGGCAAGAAACGUGAACUCUGAUGUACAGAAGACAAAUAUGAUGUUGAAAGAGUUUGUCUUUGACAGGAAGUUGUCUUUUAGAAAUCUAAAAAUAAAAGCUGACACAUCUGUU